AAAUGUGAAACACUUCCUACUUCCGCAAACACAGCUCCGUGCAGCUUCCCCGUUUAUCGGUUAAUCGAUGCGGCGGUUUACUCCUGUCUUUCGUUUCUUUGCUCGGUUUAAUACUUCCAACACUUCCCACAUUUAUGAGUGAUUGAUCGGCAGCAUGACGGCCAACAGCCGCUGUUCCGCCGCGGAGCCUCCGGGCCUGGAGACCCAGCGACGGGAGAUCGAGUCUCUGCUGCGGGAGUGUGAGCUCCGAGCUGGGGACAGUUGGUGAGAGUCCGCCCGCUGCUACACACACACACACAGACACAGACACACACACACACACAGGGGCAGGGGUUUACGGCUGGUUAACGUUACCUAACGGUUAUUAACGGGUUUAACGGCAGGGUUCAGACACCGGUCCUCGGUCGGUUGAUCGGGGUGUCAGACUGACCAUUAGCCGCCGCUGCUAACCUGUCAGCCCGCUGUGAGGAGACGGUCACCGCCGCCUCGUUCACUUCCACUUUUGAUUCCACCGAAAUGAAAACUAUAUUAUUUAUAUUUAGAGUUUCAGUCUGAGUGAAAUAAUGAUCAGAGGAAGAAGAUGAAUGUGGAUCUAAAGUCGGUUCAUCUCUAACUCUGAACUUUAGAAAGUGAAACCAGAUCAUGUUGACAGGACACUUUCUUCGAAUCGAAACAGACUCGAAUUAUUACUGACUUCAGGACAAAAACGAAAACACUCCUUUAAAACUCUUUAGAAAACCAGAGGCUGAACCGAUCACGAUUUUCCUGCCGAUCACUGAUCUUUAAGAAGCUUCACCAUACCGAUCUUUAUUUUUUUACAACUGACAGCUAGGGCUGGGCGAUAUGUGAAAAAAUUUAUCAGGAUAUAUUAUUUUCUUAUCAGCUGAUAUGGAUCAAUAUCAGGAUAUAAAAAUCUAACAGUGUUUCUUGGUCUCAUGUCUUUUCCAACACAAUAAUCUCCUGCAUCUGUGAGGUCUUUGUGUCUCUUUGGCGUUUUGUCGUAAGGCGUCGCUCUAGAGAAAGCCGACUGAAUGGUCGUCUGUUUCAGGCGCCAUGGGCUCCUCGCUCCUCUCGGGGUUGGUAACCUUUUGCGUUGCGCGUGCUCUGCGGCGUGGCGCUGCUUCAGGUGGUGAAAAAGAUUUGAGGUAUUCCCCGACUUUGUGAGAACAUGUACUCGACAUAAUUUACAGUCCACAUUACUCUGCUUCAUGUCCGACCUCCAAAAACCAAAAUACCUCCACACCACCGACGUUUUCCUAACGCCAGUGUUGUGGUUGACAUUGAUGUGGUCAUCUGUUGAGCCUUCAUGGUCAUUUCUGUCGGGGGUAGCACUCAUUUUCUUUGUUUCUCACCAACAGUGCUGUCGGCUUCACCUGUUAAAGUGCUAUGGUUGGGUGGAGCUGCUGUCUGCUACGACGCUGCAGUUGGUUGAUACUUGGUUCUAAUUCAGAACAUGAUUGGUUCAGACCCGGAGACACUCCCCUUUUCAUUGGCUGUUCGUAUAGUCGACCAAAAAGCGAAUUGACCGUGUUUUAUCGACAUCAAAGGAAACUAAUUUUCAAUAAAUCGUUAUCGUUUUAUCGCCCAGCCCUACUAAAAACAUCCACCUUUGAUGCUCUAUUCUUAUUUUAAUGAAAAAUUUGAACAAUUUUUGUGAAACAAUAAAAACUUUUUGUGUUUUUUUUUUAUCUGCACAUAAACAGGACAAACUAACAACUGAACCCACUAAUAAACUCUCCUGAUUUUGAGGUUUUCUUGUCGUGGGUUCAACAUGCUCGGUUGAUCUCGCUCCGGAUGACUGUUGUGUGUGCUGCUGGCACUGAUGCACGCAUGUGUGUGCACACGUGACCUGGUGGGCGGGGCCUGUCGUUCUGGCAAAGCAAAAAGCUCCAACAGCGGACUGUCAGACCUUUGCUGAGGUCGAUUAGAUUGGUGGAUAAAAUCGGUUUCAUAUGUAAGAAUCAGCUGAUCACCGAUCCCCAAAAUUGAGGAAAUUGGUGCCGAUCGAUCGGCCGGUUGAUCUAUCGGUGUAUGUUUAGUGAAAACACAGACGUGGGUCGGUGUCAGUGCUGGUGAUGCUGAUGAGAACGUCUUUCAAACAUCUGAAAAGAUUUUCAUUAAAUUGGAGCGAUUUCUUCUCCACAGUGAUCCUGAGUGACCGUGUGUCAGAUUUUUAUUCUUGUUCAUUCACUCAAACACCAUUUAAACAUUUAUUAAAGACAUUCAGAGUAAACUCUUUACAGACAUAUGCUGCUGAAAGUCUCACCUGGAAAUUUACCUGGCUGUGCUGUUCCCACAAACAUCCUCCCCCCCCGUCAGACGAGGUGAUUUCAGUCUUCCUCUCUUUGUUUUCCCUCUGAAGAUGUCUGUCCAUGAAUUCACCGCUGAGUUAUCAUCAAUGAAAGCUGACACACAGAGACACACAGAGACACACGGAGACACACGGAGACACACAGAGACACACAGAGACACACGGAGACACACGGAGACACACAGAGACACACGGAGACACACGGAGACACACAGGUUCUUAAUAACGUGAUGAGAUAUUAGACGUAUCCACGGUAACAAAGGAAAAGUGAAAUGAAGAAACUGGAGAGGAGAAGUGAGAAUGAGGCCGUCUCAUGACCUCUGACAUGAUUUUGAUCCAGCUGUGUGUCGCAGCGAGAUAAUGAAUCAGUGCAGGUGUCGAGUUUGAUAGAGGACAUCAGUCCAUGAAGACAUCAGUCUAUGAGGACAUCAGUCCAUGAGGACAUCAGUCCAUGAGGACAUCAGUCUAUGAGGACAUCAGUCUAUGAGGACAUCAGUCCAUGAGGACAUCAGUCUAUGAGGACAUCAGUCUAUGAGGACAUCAGUCUAUGAAGACAUCAGUCCAUGAGGACAUCAGUCCAUGAGGACAUCAGUCUAUGAGGACAUCAGUCUAUGAAGACAUCAGUCCAUGAGGACAUCAGUCUAUGAGGACAUCAGUCCAUGAGGACAUCAGUCCAUGAGGACAUCAGUCUAUGAAGACAACAGUCCAUGAGGACAUCAGUCUAUGAGGACAUCAGUCUAUGAGGACAUCAGUCCAUGAGGACAUCAGUCUAUGAGGACAUCAGUCUAUGAGGACAUCAGUCCAUGAGGACAUCAGUCUAUGAGGACAUCAGUCCAUGAGGACAUCAGUCCAUGAGGACAUCAGUCUAUGAAGACAACAGUCUAUGAGGACAUCAGUCUAUGAGGACAUCAGUCCAUGAGGACAUCAGUCUAUGAGGACAUCAGUCUAUGAGGACAUCAGUCCAUGAGGACAUCAGUCCAUGAGGACAUCAGUCUGAGUUGACGCAGUAUAAAGUUCCUCACAGGAGCUUCACCCCGACCUCAGUCGUGUGAUCGUCAGUUUUAGGAGAUCCCAGUCUUCUUGGUCUGUGUUCUGAAACCUCCUGGACUCUCACAGUUGUUGAGGUUCUGGUGUAAAUAUUGAUCAUAGAGGGUCUGAGGUUUGUCCUCUGGCUGUAUGUCCUCCCUCUCAGAUGGUCUCAGUUUCAGAAAUCCUCCACAUACUUCAGACUGCUGUCAUUAGAAACUCUCAUUUCAGCCUCUGUGCCCCAGCAUUCAGGAAGCCUCCUUCACUGUUGCCGUGCAACAAAGUUGUGUUUAAGGAGAUUCACUGUGGGGUGAUUUCAUAACGGAGAAAAUCUCAUUUUAGUUCAUCAGACAUCCUGAUUCAUGGUUGUUGGAUUGAUGGUGUCCUGGUAUAAUAUUACUGCUGAUUAGAAUAUUGAUUAGGGCCGGACCGAUUUAUCGGUGAGUCGAUUAAAUCGGCCAAUUUUAGAGUAAACUAAACUAGACUUCCCCUCUAUCCUGGUGAACCUGACCGACGAUAAACUCUGAACUAAACAUGUCAAUAAAAACACAGAUGACACCAAAGUUCAACAUGAAGAACACAUAAAUCAUGACUUUAGAGUAGAACAGACGUUUAUUUCAUGUUUUUGUCUUUUAAACAGACACAGAAAAGGUGUCUGAAAAAAAAGGUUAAAAACUGAGACGGUCCGGUCAGAGAACACCUUCAGGUGGAGUAAAGGGUCUAAAACAGUCGUGGAGAUAAUGAAAGUGAAAAGGUUUCUGCUGGAUCAUUGACCUCCUCUCCUCCUCUCCUCCUCUCCUUCUCUCCUCCUCUCCUCCUCUCCUUCUCUCCUCCUCUCCUCCUCUCCUCCUCUCCUCCUCCCCUCCUCUCCUCCUCUCCUCCUCUCCUUCUCUCCUCCUCUCCUCCUCUCCUCUCCUCCUCUCCUCCUCUCCUCCUCUCCUUCUCUCCUCCUCUCCUUCUCUCCUCCUCUCCUCUCCUCUCUCCUCCUCUCCUCCUCUCCUCCUCUCCUCCUCCCUCACUCUGACUUUAGUGCUGCUGUAAAUCUGCAGAUCUGAAGUCACGGAUCAUUUCUGCGUCACAUCAGGAAGAUUCCCUGGUAGACAGAGGUGCUGGUGUUUGUCUUGGUUUUAAACAUUAACAGUCUUAUCAUGUUGACAGAUGAGGGCCGCCGCCGCCGCCGCCGCUGCAGAGUCUAAAGAGGUCAAAACACACCGUCGUUCUCCGCUCUCAUUCUUCAGACAAACUGCGGACUCGUUGGCGUUGUGCUGAUAUGUCUGUUCACCUGCCCCCCCCCCCCCUCAGCUGAGGUGGUGAGAGAGUCUGACAGGUGUGCCACUCCUCAGCUCCUCCAGGACAGAAAUGACUCAUGAUCAACAGUCAGACGCUGCUCCUCCUGUUGACUUUGUCGACUCGUUUUUUUAUCGUACUCUGUUCCUCCCUCCGUGUGUCGGCGUGCUGAGGGGGACGUCCUUCUGUCUGAAGAUUCUCAUAAUCAGGCCUUAAAGUCGAGUCUCCGGUCCAGGUCUGAGACUCAUGAAGACAGAUGCCUGACUCUGCUUUGGUCUGAAUGAAGUGAACUCUCUCUGAGGUUCAUGACUGCGUGUGACCCGGGACUUUGACGGGUUUGUCUCUCGGACCGGAGCUGUGAGGAGGUUCUGGUUCU